AUGCUCCUCGUGGAGGCGCCGGGCGAAGCGGCCGGGCCCUUGGGCGCGACGCCCCUACACCUGCCCAUGGCGACGCUCACCAAGCUCAACUUCACGGACUUCAGUGCCAAAGUGAACAAGCAGUACGCCAGCAGUAGUGCCACUGAGAGGGAUGGCGGCAGGCUGUGCUACGAUAACGCGCUGAGCGCGAGACUGAACUAUGAACAAUCUGUGUGCGGUGUCGGAAAACUUAGCUACGCCGACCACAACAGGCUUGCCUACGACCCCACGUUAGACAAUAUCAACUCGGACACAUCGUUUGCACUGCCUGCAGCCGAAGACCGCGGCCGGAAGUACUUUCGCCGUCGCCAUGUUGGAUCCGGCGCGGGCGCACCUCGCGCUUCCGCCGCGUGCCGCGCA